UCCAAUGAGAGGUCUCGCUGGUUGGACACCGCCAAGCUCAGUUUGUCGGAUAGAGAGAAUCACACAGAGCUGGAGAGGAAGGCUGGCGGCAAAAAGAAGCUACACUGGGAGGACGUUUCAACCGGCAUCUGUUGUAACACUGACCGGUUGAAUACACGUAAACUUUUGUGAUAAUCCAAUCUCCGUACAUUUUAACAAAUUAUAAGGACAUGCAGCGUGUGAUUUGAUCAAUUUUUGGUUUCCUGUUUGGUGUACGGAUUUAGACCUCCUCUUCCUCCUCGCUGCCAACAAACAGAAAACAGGAGCGAAGAGCAGCUGAAUGACGGGCUGCAGUUGGCAGACUUUCCAGAACACCCUGCACCAUUCUUCCUCCUCCAUAAGACACCAUUUACAUUUUUUCAAUCAGGAUUUGGUAACAUGGCAAAAGAUGCAGGCUUAAUUGAAGCAAAUGGAGAGCUCAAGCUUUUUAUAGACCAAAAUCUUAGUCCUGGUAAAGGUGUGUUAUCAUUAGUGGCUGUUCAUCCGACUACUCUAACAAUGGGAAAACAGCUCCUGCCAAAAACACUUGGACCCUCCAACGUUAACAUUACGCCACACAUGUUAACCAUUGGUGUUUUACAGGUCAUCAGCACCCCGCAGAGAUCCGCAGGGACGAAUGCAGUCUUGCUUGGUAGUCCUCACACACCAAGUACACAAUUCAUCACACAGAGCCAGGUGGCAGACUCUUCCCCCUGGUCCACAGGUAAGCGGAAUAAGAAAGGAGAGAAGAAUGGCAAAGGGCUGAGGCAUUUCUCCAUGAAGGUGUGCGAGAAGGUUCAAAGGAAAGGAACGACCUCUUAUAACGAGGUCGCCGAUGAACUGGUGGCAGAGUUCAGUACCCCAGAUAACCACAUUUCACCCAAUGAUUCACAUGUUUACGAUCAGAAAAAUAUCAGACGCCGAGUCUACGAUGCCUUAAAUGUGCUUAUGGCAAUGAACAUUAUCUCUAAGGAGAAGAAGGAAAUCAAAUGGAUAGGACUCCCUACCAACUCAGCUCAGGAAUGUCAGAAUUUAGAGGUGGAGAGGCAAAGAAAACUUGAGAGAAUAAAGCAAAAGCAAUCCCAGCUACAGGAACUCAUUCUACAGCAAAUUGCCUUUAAAAAUCUUGUUCAGAGAAACCGUCAACAAGAGCAGCAGACGAGUCGACCCCCGCCUUCCAACUCAGUGAUCCACUUACCCUUUAUAAUAGUGAACACCAGCAAGAAGACGGUCAUUGACUGCAGCAUCUCAAACGACAAGUUUGAAUAUUUAUUUAACUUUGAUAACACUUUUGAAAUUCACGACGACAUCGAGGUGUUGAAGCGAAUGGGAAUGGCCUGCGGUUUGGAGUCCGGGAAGUGCUCACCGGAGGACCUGAAGAUUGCAAGGAGCUUGAUACCCAAGGCACUGGAACCAUACCUUACAGAAAUGGCUCACGGAUCAAUCAACAAUGUUUAUGUCCCAGGAGAGACUUCGAAUGGGGGUCGUUGUCAUACUGGGAGUGACAAUGGUGCAGAAGGAACAGUGGCCUCCAGUUCUAAUGGCUCCCAUUACAGUGGCUCCAGAGUGGAGACCCCUGUGUCCUACAUGGAGGACGAUGAUGAAGACGAGGACGACUAUGACGAGAAUGAUGACGAAGACUAACCCUCCCUGAUCUUUUUGUAACUUCAGUUCAGCCAGCUUCAGGAGUAACCUUUUGAUCUGAAUCCUUUCUCUCUUUUUAGAUUGUUUCCUGUUUGUUUGCAGGCUAGGCAAGUUUGGCCAAGAGUAUGCUACUAAUACAAAGGUAGAGAAGGACAUUGUAAUUAGGGUUUGUUGUAUGUGUGUGUGUUUUUGGGGGGGGGGGGGUUAUAAGCGUGUAAUUGUAAAAUCCUUGGCUUUCUCCUUUAUUUUUUUCCUCCUCCCAGUGUAGACCUAUAAAGGGAUUCAUUUAAAAAAAAAAAAAUAAUUCAAAUUUAUCAAGGAACAUGUGUUGCAGUCUCGGUAUAAAAUAAAGGCGAUCUUUUUGGAAGUGUGAAAUGAUUGCAGGUUAACAGCCUCUCUUGACUGACCUAGAACGGUAGUGUCUAAAGAAUCUGAAAGGUGAAACCUUAACUUGAGUAUAUUCUUAAAUGAAAUAAAGGCGCUACAUUAUCGUUGAUUUUGUUAGAUUGAAGUUCGUAAAAGGUGGUGUCCCUCCUUUUUGUUUUAUUGAAAAGGACAACUCCAAUGAUGUGUGUGGAUUGAUUUUUUUUUUUUUUUCCUAUAUGUUUUUGUACAAUGCAUCAAACUGCAGGGUUUUGUGUCGGUUUUGUUUACUGCCAUUGUCUAGGCAGCUAUAUUUGAAAAUUUGCUGAAAGUUUGGAAUGACUAUUAGAUUUAUAGAAGGUGCCUGAUUUCUUACAGGCAGACAUUGGAAACGUAUUUUAUUGUUGUGUUUACAUGCCUACAAAGCUCCUUAAAACUCAAAUGUACUGAAACAUAAGUACCUUUUUCUGUAAUCUAAUAUAAAUUUGAAAUUAAAUAGUGUUAACAGUU